AUGAUCCACGAAUGGCAACGGGUUACCGAGCACAUGAGGGAUACACCCAGGAAAAAAGACAGCGUGGGUCAUCGAAUGAGCGAGGAUUCUGAUCUCGUGUUGAACGUGUUGCCCGACGCUGUCGGUUCGUUCACCUCAUCGCCGGAGAUCACUCUGCUUUGUACUGGCAACAUGUUGUCCAUGUGCGUUGCGUUCGUCUACCAGAUGACGUUCUACGCUGGUCUAAUGACGCUCGUUGGACGACGAGAAAUUGGCGAAGAUAUUGAGGAGAAGAACAGAAUGGCCAUUAGUAUAGCCGAGAAUCGCGUAAAUAUUGCCAAACACCACAGGACACUU